GAAGUUAGAUACUGUAGUGUUUACAGAUAAUCAAGAUGAAGUUUGUUCUCCCUCUGUUGUUGUUGGCUCUGGCUGUGUUCUCCGACGCUGCAGUAGUACCAAAUGCGAUUAGAAAUAAUAUAAACAUUGGUUACGUCCGACCAGGAGACAGACUACUGCAAAGAGUCUCCGUCUACCAGCCUCCUAGAGCGAAUACGAUUCAGUACCAAGAUUACGUAUACCGCGGUAACGCCAGGACUCGCAUAUCGUCUAUCGUCGCGACCGAGGUCGGAGCGAGGCAGUUCGCUUCCGCCUGGAUUACCCGUGGUGGAAUAGGAUACAACAACGUUACGAUCAGAGUGCAGUCAGCUAGAGGAUACGGAUACAAUUACGUUAUUGAUGUUUGGGGACAAUAAAUCAUUUAGAUCUAAUAAAAAUUAUAAAAAUA